UCGAGUCGCUUUGCUUUUCUCUCUCGCUGCUGCGCUGCGGCCACUUAACCUCGUGUUGUUGGGGGAAGGCCCUAGCUCGGCUGGUCUUUGCACUCUGUAGUUGUACCUCGGGUCCCUUCAGGUUCAGGAAGAACCUCCCGCCCGUGCAUCUGACCAGCGAGUGACGCCGGUGAGUCCGCCGCUCCAUCUCCGGCCAUCUGGUUAAUCUUGGAUGUCCAUGGACGGCAAGACGCCUCAUCUUCUGCCUCUGAGUCUGAGCGCGGCCACGAAGAAGAUCCGCGAUGACGUCCCACUGGUCUGCGGAUGGGUGCUCAUCAACGCCUUCACCUUGGCAGUCGCCUACAUAGCCGUCGAGUACUUGGACGCCUCGUGCAGCCAGUCCUCCUUCAUCAUGCCGUGCAUCGAGCUGACGGACGCGGAGGCUGCCAGGGUAACCGCCCUCUUCAUCGGGACUCUGUGCUGCGCCCCGGCCCAGGCGGCCGCGGCGGCGCUGGCGCUGCUGCUCCCAUGCUGCCGUCGCCGGGGCCGUCGUGCCCUCGCGUACCUCGCGCUCACGGUGACCGUCCUCUGCCAUUGCAUGCAGGCCGGCACCGUCUGGGUCUUCCUCGCCGCCGAUCCAGGAUACAUCUUCGGCUGGAUCUACUUCCCCGCGGGCUACUGCUUCUUUGCGGUGUGCGACUUCCUCAGCUUCCGGGCGCUCCUGGGAGGUGAUGGGUGGGGCAUGCAGUACGUAGCCUAUUUCUGAUCAUGUUCGUGGAUCAGCUCAUGAGGUACUGAUCAGAGCGUAGUAGUUCCAGGGAAUAACGUAGAGUAUGCAUUAGUUCUGCUGUGACGAUCGAUGGAGUAGUGCCGUAUUUGCGAAUCUAGUACUAGCGUGUAGUGUUGAUGUCCAGAUUGACUCUAGCUAGUAGUUAGAUACCCCAUCUGGGUAAUGCUGGCUAUAUAACUAGACUGGAUGGAUUGUGGUUAUCUUUGAUGUAUUCGACCUUAAUUUUCUCUAUGUGAUCGUCAGACAUGACUUACAUA